AUGGCAGCAGCGAACUGGGUAAGAGUGGGAGGAGCCUCAGCCAGUGUCUUGCAGGGAAGCCCCACCUACUCCGAGCUCCUACUGGCCCACCUGCUGGGUGACAACACACCCUUGGCAGACUCUGUUAGGCCCACCAGCUCUCCUCAGCUCCGUGAUCUGGUUUCCAAAAAGCCCUGCUCUAAAAGCCGGAAGCCUGGAUUGGCUGUGAGCGACAGGGGCGGCGCCUCUUUCCAGAGGAAAGGAGACUCGCUGGCCAAUCAGGACACCUGCCUGUCUGCACUCAGAGCAUUGAGACAAGUCAUACUGACCAGUGGAUCUCUACUGAAGGAGGAUAUACACAAGGUAUCCUCCUUCUGUACAGAGGCCCUGACCAUAUGCAACUCCCUCCUCCAUCCGUGCACCCCCUCCCUCUCUUUCCCCCUCACCCUCAAACCCCCCCAGGCAUCCAACCUCCUAGGGGGGCCUGCCCCCGGACCUCCCUUCCCCAGCUCCCUGGACAACCGCCUACCUCUGGUUCUUCCAGGGCUCUCCGGCGGCCAGAGACCCGUUUUCAUCCUCUACGACAAAGAAGAGGCAUCGGAUGUGGAGAUUUCGCUAGAGAGCGAUUCGGACGAUUGUGUGGUUAUCGUGCCACAGAGGAUGCUGAUGUUGGAAAGCCAAGAUGGCACCAGCGCUGCGGCCACUCUUCCCGGGUCUUCCUUAGCACCAGGUGGCGUCACACUCCCCAUGCCCUGUCCAAGGGGCGACCCGGGUGGGGACAUCUCCCUCCCCCUUUCCAACGACCUUCCCUCUACCUCCCUCACCCUCCCCUCCUCCACCCCAAACUACACCGUCAACUUGUUCCCUCCAGCUCCGCUAGUCUCUCUAGCUAGCCCAGUCCAGCAGAGCCCUACAGCAGCAACAUUAAUCCAUUGACGAAGAUCACACUGUCAUUCAUAUCAACAGCUCUGAUGAAGAAGAGGAGGAUGAGCUGGAAGAGGAAGAGAGCGAUUUCCCAGAUGAGGAUAUUUGAUGAUGAAGACCUUGAUGAUUAUGAGGGGGGGGAGAUGGAGGAUGAAGAAGAGGGAGAGAUUCGGCUGUUGGACGGAGGAGAGGCGGGAUGGGAGGACGAGAGGAAGGAGAGGUGCUCAGAGGGUAGGCGGAGGAGGGUGGGAUAGGAGGAUUCCGAGUGGAGAGCGAGGGGGAAGGAGGGAUAAAGGCUCAGGAGGUAGAGCGCAUCGGAGUGCUGGAGGGAGAGGGAGACGAGGAUGCCAAUGAAGGAAUGAAUGAUCCAACCAUGCCUCAGAUCCUGUGUGUGACGGGCGGAGCUCUGAGAGAGAGCUAGCUCAGGCAGAGCUAGAUGAGGAAGGGGCCGGGCAUGGGCAGAAAGUGAGGUCAUGGGAGCAGAAGGGAGGCAAUCGGCCGGAGGGAACGUCCUCUUCUGAAGACGGUCCUGCUGCUCAACACCAACAGGAGGCGGAGCCUGCACCGGAAGUGAGGGUGGACGGUGACGAUCAGCCAUCCAAUCAGGAGGGAGAAAUAUCCAAACAGGGCGGUGACAAUACCGGACAGGAUAUGAGGUCAUCAACAGCUCCGAGGGAGAGCAAGGGAGAGGGGCCUGAACGAGAGAAAGAAGGAGAGGAUGGGAGAGGGAUGAAGAGAGAGAGAGAGGAGGAAGGAACAGGACAGGAACAGAGAAGAAAAAGUUGGAUGAAGAAGCGAUGGCGUCCAUGCUAGCCGACAUCGUAGCCUGCCCUCCAGACAAUGUAGAAAAUGUGCCCUCUGCAUCCAACCGCCCAUCCUAAACAAGGCCAGGCACGGCUCCAUCACAAUACCUACAGAACAACUCGAUUUCUAGCCCCUUCCAUAGUCUCACACAUUCUUUCAUUAUCAACAUACUGCUAAGACAAUGUUCAAAACAUCAACACACUGAGGCUGGGAUUAGACAGGCACCUCAAUUCUGAUCUUUUUUCCACUAAUUUGUCUUCGUUUUAUUUUGUUAUAUUUUUUUACACCCCUUUUUCAUGGUAUCCAAUUGGUAGUUCGUCUUGUCUCAUCGAUGCAAAUCCCGUACGGACUCGGGAGAGGUGAUGUUCGAGAGCGCGAUUCCGCCGAAAAUACGACUCAACCAAGCUGCACUGCUUCUUGACACAAUGCCCGCUUAACCUGGAAAGCCAGCCGUACCAAUGUAUCGGAGGAAACACUGUACACCUGGUGACCGUGUCAGCGUGGAGUCUCUAGUGCUCGAUGGGACGAGGACAUCCCUGCCGGGCCAAACCCUCCCCUAACCUGGACGACGCUGGGCCAACUGUGCGCCGUCCCAUGGGUCUCCCGGUCGCGGCCAUCUGCGACAGAGCCUGGACUCGAACCCAGAAUCUCUAGUGGCACAGCUUAGCACUGCGAUGCAGAGCCUUAGACCACUGCGCCACUCGGGAGGCCUCUCACUAAUUGGUCUUUUGACCAAUCACAUCAGAUCUUUUUCCAGAGCUGAUCUAUUUGUUCAAAAGACGGAUUUAAUGAAAGAAAUAUCAGAACUGGGCUGCCUGUGUAAACACAGCCAGCCAUAGAGGAUGGAAUUAGAUCGGUCUUAAACCAUCACGUUUCGUCUUGAAUGCAGGACAGUAGAUGCAUUUGUAAUAACUCUCUGGACUAAUAUUAUUUUAAACGCUUCAAUUAUUUUACAUCAAAACAUAAAGACUUUGCAGCUCGUACUGGUGUGUUACUGAGUGGAGUAGUCGCGUGUUUUUGGAUCUUUAUAGACAGUAUAUGACUUCUGUUCUUUUUGUUCUCCCGUCUUUUCUUACAAAAUAAACGUCAAAUGCAAACCUGUCGAAACGGA